AUGUCGUAUGGCAUUAUAUGCAAACUGAGCAACCCCUUUAAGCAACCACAAGAAUAUUAUCAGAUGGGUGGCUUUAUCAUUGGUGGGGUUACUUCUCAGUCCUAUCCAUUCUCAGAUACAAUAGACUUCAACCAGUAUCCAAAUCCAUGGCUUUUUGAAUCACCAGUUGAAAUGCCCAUAAACAAUCAACAUAUACUUUCCUUAGUAUAUGCAGUCAAGGAGAUCAAUAGGAAUCCAAACAUCUUACCAAACAUUAGCCUUGGAUUCCACAUCUCUAAUAGCUAUAUUGAUGCAAGAAUGAUAUAUCUGAAUACUUUGAAGCUUCUAUCCAAUCAAGAAAAGACUAUCCCUAAUUAUAGUUGUGAGAAAUGGAAUAUGUUACCAGUUGUCAUUGGAGAAUCUGACUCCGAAAACUCACUUCUGAUGGCCAAUAUCUUAAUCACCUACAAGAUUCCACAGGUUGCUUAUUGCUUUUUUGCUAUAGAGAAGGAUGCUGGCGACAGGAUACCGUACUUCUAUCGUAUGUUACAUCAUUACCUAAGCAGAAUCUCAUUUAACAACAGUGUUGGGGACCAUGUGUCUUUCAAUGAAAAUGGUGAAUUAAGAUCCGGUUAUGACAUAACAAAUUUGAUUGGUUUUCCAAACAAGUCCUAUUUAAAUAUCAAGGUUGGAAGGAUUGAUCCAGAGGCUUCACCCAACAAACCAUUUGUUAUUAAUGAAGAUCUUAUUGUAUGGCACAAAGAGUUUAAGAAGGUGCCACCAUCUGCUAUCUGCAAUGAAAACUGUCAUCCAGGUUACAGCAGGAAAAAGCAAGAAGGAAAGCCAUUUUGUUGCUAUGACUGUAUUCCAUGUCCAGCUGGAAAGAUCUCAGAUCAGAAAGAUAUUGACGACUGUUUCAAGUGCCCAGAAGAUCAGUACCCUAACAGAGCUCAAGAUAAAUGCCUGACAAAACGUUUAAACUUUUUGACUUAUGAUGAAGCUUUGGGUAUCAGUUUGGCCCUUUCAGCUUGUUCUUUUGCUCUGCUCGCAACUGCAGUGCUUGGAAUCUUUAUUAAGCACAGGAAUACUCCCAUAGUCAAAGCCAACAAUCGGGAUCUCUCUUAUCUUCUCCUAAUUUCCCUUCUGCUUUGCUUCCUCUCUUCAUUGCUGUUUAUCGGCCGUCCUGGGGAAGUGAUCUGCCCUUUACAACAAAUAGUUUUUGCUAUCAUUUUCUCAGUAGCUAUCUCUUGUGUAUUGGCAAAAACCAUCACUGUAGUUCUGGCUUUUAUGGCCACUAAGCCAGGAUCAGCUAUAAAGAAAUGGGUAGGGAAAAAAAUGUCAAAUUACAUUGUCCUUUUCAGCUCCCUAAUUCAGAUAGGAAUUUGUAUUUCCUGGCUUUGUAUAGCUUGCCCUUACCCAGAUAUGGACAUGAUCUUCUUAACUGAAGAAAUUAUACUUGAGUGUAACAAAGGUUCAGUUGUUAUGUUUUAUUGUAUUCUGAGCUAUCUAGGAUGUCUGGCUAUUGUCAGCUUUAUUAUGGCUUUCCUGGCCAGGAAGUUGCCCAAUAGUUUCAAUGAAGCCAAAUUCAUCACUUUCAGCAUGUUAGUAUUUUGCAGUGUUUGGAUAUGUUUUGUUCCAACAUAUAUAAGUUCAAAGGGAAAAUAUAUGGUGGCUGUGGAAAUCUUCACUUUACUGAGUUCCAGUGCUGGGCUACUUGGUUGUAUUUUCCUCCCCAAGUGUUACAUAAUUGUCCUGAGACCUGAUCUGAAUAAGAAGGACCAUCUAACAAGGAAAAAUACAGGCUAUGGAAAUUGA